AUGGACUCCAUGAACCCGUGGGCUUUCUCGUGGCCGCUUACACCAGAAAAUGCAGCCACAUGGGCUCUUGAAAAGCAACGGCAGCAAGCUGCAGCGCAGCUUAAGGACAGCGAACCCCCAAAGCUUAGAUCUGUGCGGCAGUUCGAGCAGCAAAAGACGCCGGCAAAGAGUCUAGGAGAAGGAACCAGCACAACUACACCAGAAGCAGGUAUCAGCCAAAAGCUCAAGCAACAGCCGCAAACAGCCGCAGCUCAGCUGUCCGCUGGCGCAGGCCAGUCCUGCUACCGCUCUCGCUCGCACAGUCUGGCAGCGGCAGCAGCGGCUGAAGCAGCGUAUCAAUCCACAACUGCUUCUUCUCCAGUGGAAAAAAGCCCUCCGCCUGUCAAGAGUUUUAAGGCCGCACUUUUUGUUUGCAGCUGUACAGCAGCAGCAGCAGCAGCUGCGCCGACACUAUGUGCCUCCUACGCCCUCUGUUGUCGUGACACCGCCGCAGUCUCCGCCCUCGCCUCGUCCGUAUAUGCGGAGGGGGUAUCGUGGCAAAGAAUUGCAGCAGCAGCAGCACGAAUUGCUGCUGCAGCAGCGUCUGACACAACGAAAGCGGCUGCGGAAGCGGCCGCGGCAGAUGGUGUGUCUGCCUGCAGGGGCGCCCACCUGCGCUACACAGAUUGCUGCAGCCGGACUUACCACUCUCCUGCAGGAGCCAUGGCAAGUGGCUGCAGCUACGAUUCGAACGAACGGCAGGUAGAAGGUUCAAUUGAUGUUGACGAGCAUCCCCAGCACCCACAACAACAACAGAGUGCAGCAGCAGCCAACUGUAGCCCUUCAAUAGAAAAGGCAGCUCCAGUGGCCGGAUAUUUCGUGCGUGGAGCUCAGGCCCCGUAA